CAGUGUGCAGAGUCGAGACGCAGUCUAACUACCCAGAUCCGUCCCUCAAAUCGUCCCUCUCCGCUUGCCAGGCCUCCGGCUGCCGGCGCGACUGCUCCGCUAAUUCUUUGCCUCUCAAGUCGAGACGAUAGGCAGAUCGGGAGAUUGCAGCUAGGUGGUUGAGGAUUCCCCGUUCGGCAAGAAGAAGGCAUGGGGAAGAGGGCCAAGUGGUUCGGCGUCGUGAAGAAGGUAUUCGGCCACAAAUCGAAGGAGAAGAGAGAAAAAUUGAAAAAGAAAUUGGGACUCGGAACAUCCCAACUCCGGGAUGUGUCUGGCGCUGGGAUUGUAGAGGUUGCUGGUCGAGAGGUAGUUCCCUCGUUGCUGCCUCAUCCAGAUGAGGAUAAAAUGGUGGAGGGUGGAACUGAGGAAAGCAACUAUGCUAACUCUGCGCCGCUUACUGCUCUUGAUCCUCCAGAACCUGCAGUUACUACCGCAAGCAAUGCCACCCACGCCACGGCUUCAACAAAGUCCCCGGGUAAGACAAGAGAAGAGAUUGCUGCAGUCAAGAUCCAGACUGCUUUUCGGGGUCACCUGGCAAGAAGAGCUUUACAAGCACUCAGAGGUUUGGUUAGGCUGAAGUCACUUAUUGAUGGUAACUCUGUUAAAUGCCAAGCAACAACCACAUUGCGAUACAUGCAGACACUAGCAAGGAUCCAAUCACAGAUUCGGACAAGGAGAACAAGGAUGCUAGAAGAAAACCAAGCUCUUCAGCAGCAAAUGCUACUCAAACAUGAAAGAGAAAUUGAAAUUUUGAAGAUGGGAGAAGAAUGGGACGACAGUUUGCAAACAAAGAAGCAACUUGAAGCAAGUUUAUUGAGCAAGCAAGAAGCUGCAAUAAGAAGAGAAAGAGCACUGGCUUAUGCAUUUUCUCAUCAGUGGAAGAAUUCCUCAAAAUCAGUGAGCCCCAUUUUUAUGGAUCCUGAUAAUCUACAAUGGGGUUGGAGCUGGUUGGAGCGCUGGAUGGCAGCAAGGCCAUUGGAGACAAGGAGCACAAACUAUAGAGAACUCCUGAAUGAAGUUACCACUGCAAAGAGAAGUGCUCAGAAUGAUGGAAGUGGAGAAAUCUCAAGAGCUUAUGCUAAUAGGGAUGGGAAUUCAGAUAAGCCCUCCCCAGCAGCAUCCCGGAAACCGACACACCAUGCAAGCUGCCAGUCUCCUUCAACACCACCCGUCAAGCCCCCUUGGUCAUUGGGGAAGGCUAAAUCAGAAAGCCCAAAGCCUGUAUGGAGCACAUUGGAAGAUGACUCAAGGAGAAUGGUCAGCAUGCAGUCACAGAGAACUCAGGCAGCUGCAUCAACGAGGGAUGAUAAGAGCUUCUCUGGUUCAUCAACCAUGCCAAGUUACAUGGCACCCACAAAGUCUGCAAAGGCGAAAUCCCACAUUCAAAGUCUUUCAAAUGGCAGCAUUGACUCUCAAGACAAAUUUGCUACAAAUUCUGUGAAGAAGAGAUUGUCAUUCCCUAUAGGACAAAAAUUUUCUCCAGCAUCUCUUGCUGCAAUGAGGAGGAACUCAGGUCCUCCCAAGGUGGACUUGGCAUCGGAAAAGGAUGUAGAUUACACAGGAGAAACCAGCAACACAACUAAAUCGUAAAAUGAUAUAUAGUGAGAAAAAUAUACAUGUCAUAUCAACUUAGGACUUCGUUUAUUUAAAAAGAUCUUGGAGUGAGGGAUAAACAAAUUGAUAAGGAUUGGUUUGUCUAUAAAAAUUGAUUACUUUUAUUGAGCCAAAA